AACGGCACCUGGUGCUCUCCCAUUGCAGCCCAAAAUCACACCUGCUUUGGGCAUUGGUGGGUUCCUCCUUAUAGUCGCAGGUUCAAUACUUGCGAUAAUAGGAAUACGGAAUCUAUGGAUCCAAGUCUUCCUAUCCGCCGGUUUCUUAGCUGGUAUUGGAGUAACUGUUCUUAUCGUCUACGUCAUGAAUCCCCCAGUGCGUGUCGCAGUCCAGGGCGCCUAUCUCGUCGCCGUAGUAUUCACAGGAGUGACUUUCGGAGCGCUGUCGCUUGUGUUCAAAGAAUUAACAGAGGGGCUUGGUUGUCUUCUAGGCGGAUUCUGCAGCAGCAUGUGGCUUCUUUCCCUUAAGCCAGGCGGUCUUCUCACAGAGACGGACGCUAAAAGUGGGUUCAUUGGUGCGAUCUCAAUCGCGUUCUAUGCCCUAUCGUUUAGUCACUACACUCGACCAUAUGGGCUAAUGGCAUCGACCGGCAUAUCUGGAGGUACUGCUGUAGCAUUGGGGAUUGACUGUUUCAGUCGCGCCGGUUGGAAGGAGUUUUGGCUUUACAUCUGGGCUCUCAACGAUGACAUCUUCCCCCUGGGCACAAGUACCUACCCGGUGACUCGUAACAUUCGCGUUGAGCUUGCGGUCACAGUCAUCAUUGCCAUCUUGGGCGUGAUCUCACAACUCAGGCUAUGGAAGGUAAUCAGACAAAGAAGACAGAAAGAAAACGAGGUUCAUGAGAAGGAGCAGAAGGAAAAGGAAGUAGCUGAGAUCGAGAUCGGGCGGAGGUUCGAAGAAAAGAACAUGGAAGAGCGGUUAGAAUGGGAGGCUAGAUAUUGCAUUGCCGAGACUGGCAUGCCAGAGCUUGCGGAUAAUUCGAAAACCAGGUGUCCCACAGAUGAGACGGUCGAUAUGGAGAAAGGCGGUGUGACUGACAUGAAAAGCAUCGCAAGCUCUUCGCAAGAGACCUAUCGUUGUUCGGAUUGCCUAGAGAGGCGGGCGAAUGGUGAAUCUGCUUACGCUGCUUCGGACACAAGUGGGGACACAAACGACUCUCAGACCCGACAACAGGAAGAUAAUACUAUGGGCGUCGAGAAAGAAGGCCUAGAUCAAUGCUCUCCUGACAACGAAACGGGCCCAUACAAAGUGUUCGACGGCGCGGCUGCAGCUCAGAUAAAAGACGACAAUAGUUCUGAUAUGACAGCUAUCGUUGGGUCCGAAGCUGGGACAACACGAUCGAAGCGGCUCUCCGGCAGAGAGCUCCUGGAUAGGGUAUCUGCAAGAAAUAGCGCAAGGCUUAUAUCUCAAUCACAAGAAGCGCUCGUCUCUUGCGAUGGCUCAUCUGUGCAAGACACCGUAGACGGAGGCUCAGAUUCCGCCUUUGAUGGUCACAGCAUUACGGCGCAAAGCUACGUGGAAGAUGCAGAUAACCCUACAGCUAACCCGGAAGAAUCCCCUAUCGCCCAUGGUAUGAAGGAUGCUAAUAAUGCAAAAGCUCCUGGGCUUGAGAAAGACUUGGAGAAAAGCGUCGGCGAGCCCAGUAUUUAUUCACGAGACGUGGACGAGCAAAAGUUCUGCACGGCGGGACAGGAGCGAGACAAACAGAAGAAUGAGGUUACUGUAAAAGAAGAAAACACUAGUGAGCACCACCUGUCAUUGUCGUCAAGCCAGGAUAAGGAUAUACCUGAGCCAAAACUUGAAGAGCAUCGUACAGAAAAGUCUCAAAGAAGUGAAAUAGCAGUCGAAACAACAGAGCCAGCAGACCAAAUGGUCGACAAGACACAGACCAUUGAAACCAACGAUAUUGGCCCGGCCACGGAAGGGCAAGAUGAGAAGCCAGUCGAAGUCAUCCAAUGCAAGGAGUCUUCGCAAAGAGGAAAUCUUCCAAAGGCUAAAGAAACCACCGUUGUCAAGCAGAGAUCUUCGAUGUCAGAAUCUGAACCCAAGAACAAGCCCAAAAAAGAAGUGCCACCUCAAUUGAAUACAGAAACCGUGAAUCGUAUCCCAGAACGAACAUCGAGGGUAGUACAAUCCUAUCGUACGAACGAAUGGGCGAAGCACUUGGAUGAUGCGGAAAUCCCCGAACCUGAACCCAUCAAGCCUGUCAGAGAGGAUGAACUACAACUUCCUGAUGAAGCUAAAGAGAUUGUUGCACCUGUUAAAGUCGAAGAACUACUGCAAACGCCCUUGAAUGCGCAGCCGCCUCCUGCUACCGAGAGGCGCGUCUCUCUCAGGAAAGAGCCGUCGGGUACGAACGAAAACCGCCAGAUGGUCAAUGACUCCCAGUUACAAAUUAGCUCUCGAACGAAGAAGAGAGCAUCCUCCGGGCCAGCCAUCCUCCAGGCAGUUAAUAUUGCUCAUUCUGCGCCUUCAGGAGUCCAGGGACAGCCAGUUCAAGGCGCACCUCAUCCCGACAAUACCAAACACCCGCUAUCUCCUGUAGUCGACCCCGUGGAACAGCCGCAGGAAGAGUCCGAAGUUGCAAAACCUCAGUGGAAAGGGCCACCCCCUCUCAUUGCAGUGCGCGAGGGUUUGAUGCAAAAUAGGCUAUCGUCUUUCUCACUCAGUGCUGAUCCAUGGCCCUCGAGAUUCGCCCCGGUAGCCGAAAUUUCGUCCCGACAGUCAACUUUCUCUAUCCCCGAAGAAGCGGAUGACAUACCGCUGUCCCGACGUCGGACAAUGCUACAUCGGCAGACAACCAUAAAAACCAAUGUAUCCCAAGCAUCGGCGAGGAGGAGUGUACCGAGCCCACUAAACACUCCGGCUUCAUUGGCUGCAUGGCGGGAAUCCGUACGAGAAAACGUAAACGACAAGUGGAACCCGGCUGCCGUGACUCCCCCAAUGACCAGGCCAGGGACCCGUGAGCGGAAACCAACUUCUUCCAGGAGACUUUGGGGAAGGGCUUCGUCAGCCAAGAUCGAAACCGCAAUCACGGAAGGGAUGCAGCGAGGGGAUAUGAGUGACUUGCAUCGGGAAGCCAUGCGACGGAUGCAAGCUAUGGCCAAUCGAAGUGUGAAUGGCAAGUGACUAGUCUGCGCUUCGCUUGGUCUUGUAGCAGUAAGAGUUUCACGUCGUCUGUGAAGGACAUAUUUGUUUCAUUUGAUCAUGCCUGUACGCGUUCGGAGUUCCGCGGGAUCUCUAGAGUCGCUGAUGUGCAAAAACGAAUCUUAAUGAGUGUGAUAUAGAUGGAUCCAAUGUACUUA